GAUGGCGAAGCCGAAGGGCAGGAGGCAGCCAACUGGUGGUGUAGUUGGACGCCCUUCCAAGUCGGACAAGAGAGCCAAGACAGCAGCAGCGAGAGGUCCGUUGGCCCAGGAGAGACUCCAAGCUGAGCUCGAGCAGCAACGUGCAGCGCUCGCGGCGGACAGAGCAGAGAUGGCGCAGAGGGAGCAAGCGCUCAGAGCGAAGGAGGCUGCGUUCGCCAAGAAGGAGCAAGAACGGCUCGCGCCGCUGCACAGCGGGAAAAGCGGGCUGGACUACAUGGACACAUCUGUGCACGAGGUGAAGCCGAAGAAGGGCGAGGUCUGGACCCAGUUGCNUGGACACAACGCAGCCGUUGUCGAGUACUGCACGCUCAAAGAGGGGCCUCUCAGCUAUCGGCCGAUGGCGAAGCCGAAGGGCAGGAGACAGCCAACUGGUGGUGCAGUUGGACGCCCGUCCAAGUCGGACAAGAGAGCCAAGACAGUAGCAGCGAGAGAGCAGAGAUGGCGCAGAGGGAGCAAGCGNGAGAGACUCCAAGCUGAGCUCGAGCAGCAACGUGCAGCGCUCGCGGCGGACAGAGCAGAGAUGGCGCAGAGGGAGCAAGCGCUCAGAGCGAAGGAGGUUGCGUUCGCCAAGAAGGAGCAAGAAUUGGCUCGCGCCGCUGCACAGCGGGAAAAGCGUGAGCAGCAGGAGGUUGAGCGCGUCCAAGCAGCACCUGAUGCCGCGGCGAAGGUUGCUCAGGGGCUGGACUACAUGGACACAUCUGUGCACGAGGUGAAGCCGAAGAAGGGCGAGGUCUGGACCCAGUUGCAGUUGCUCUGA